AUGUUAAUCUUUUUUACAGCCUCAGCAGAGAGCCAUUGGGUUAAAAGAAAAGAGGCAUUGCGAGCGCGCCGUUCUACACACAGUGCCAGAGCUUCAAGAGUACAUCGAAAGAGAAGAGAAAUCGAGUCAGUGACUACUGCAACAGACGUGACUCAGCUGACUGAAAGAGGUUCCACUGCGAGAAGCCAGGCCGCCUCGUCGCGCAUCUCCGCCGGUGAGAGUGAAUGGAGCGGUGCGACGGGCGGGCCACCCGCCGAGGUGGUGCUGAGACUACACCCCUCCCCCCACUCCACCGCUCGAGCCAACUCAUCGCUAGCUGACAUCGAUGGCAGCGGUGUAGUGGUGAGAGCGGAGGAGGCCCUAAUUGUGGCCUUUGUCCUCCUCCUCUGGGUAGCGGCCAUCGCACUAUUCUUCAACCGCUGGGGCAAGAUAAGGUGCGUCUAUAAGCUGAUGCUCGAGCCGUAUCAGCCCAAGUUCCAGCAGCAGCACCGUCAAAGCUGCGCGCUCGCCGAGAGUGCUGUGUCAGUGCCUCCACAUCAUCGCGCCUCCUUGUCGCGGGGCUGCGUGUCAUACGAUUGUGGCGCUCCGUUUCCUGCAUAUCAGCCCUGCGGGUACCUCUCUCACAGGCCAAGACAGAACUCAGUAUUCGUUGGCAGUAUGGGAGGCAUGGCUCUCAUCCCCGAGAGUCCUCCUAGGCGCUCCCGCUCUGCUGCCGAUCUGCCAGCUCUUGCCCCUCCUUCAGACCACACACAUUCUGUUACCCCUAGAUCUUCAAGAGCCGCUUCUUUGCACAGCGCUGUAGACCUGAGAGUAUGCGUCCCUUCCCCAAGAACCACGAGAGCAGCAAGUCUGCAUUCCUCCGUAGAUAUGCCGCCGGGAUCUGUCCAAGUCCAUGCGAGAGGAUCGGGAAAUAAUUUGAACAGACCAAGGAGCCCAAGGCGACUUACCAUUACUAAUGUUUGAGGAUUUUCAUUCUCUCCCUUUUGACUGAACAGCGGUGUUGCUCGACGGACCAAUGUCUGAUCACGAUCAGAUUACAUUAGAUCUGUUAAAUUUUUGUGUGAAUGCGUUUAGUCUGACUAUUUAAUGACUCAGUUCACGAAAUGAAUUAAAAACUAGUAAAUAUUUUUAAUUUUGCGAGUAAAUAAUAAUUAAGUUGAUAUUAUGAGCGAGAUGGAUGACUGCCUAAAAAUUUUACAAUAUUUUAAGUUUCAUAAGUGAUGUAAAUUAGUGAUCAAGAGAAAUGUAAUGAGAAAUAUAAUAAUAUUAGAAAUUUAAGCCUUUAUCCUCUUCAAUUUGCUGUAGUUUAUCUAGAUUCCUUCUCCUUCUCUCUUCGCCAUAUCUAUGUAUAGUAUCAAAUAGAAAUGUAUAGGGCGUUCAACGCUAAACUAGUCGUGUGGUGCUAAUAUAAGGGAAAAGUACUAAAAUGAUAUUUACAAUUUCCUAUAGAAGUUUGCUCUAAAAAGUUUUAAUAAAAUUUUAUGUAUAUCUCAAUGAGUCAGUAAAAUCCAAACUUACGCCUGUGAAUGUUAGUUAUAUUUUAAUUUUUCUAAUACAAAGAUAAAUGUACCUACUUCCUAGCUAAAUACCU